AUGGAUACUGGAGGACCUCCAGUGUCUGGUCGUUUGCAUGGUGGUAGACACCGGCAGGCAUCUAGAGGCAGAUUAGUACCAAAAGGGCACAAGUAUUGGGACAUACCUAAGGAGCUCUUGGUGAAGUUGUUGAAUGAGAUGAAGAAAAAGGGUGAGCUGGGGGUUUUUGCAGGCAAUAGCGGUGGUAGUCAUGGUCCCAAAGGUGGCCAGUUCAUGAACGGGACCCUUGCUGAUGGAGGAACGUCACUUGGCAUUCUGUUCUCAUCAUGUCUGUUAUUUGAGAACAACGCAGAAUUGAUCAACUUAUUCACCAAGUUCAAGCAGCUGAGGACGAGAGAUGAACAGGCUGAGUCACUGGAGCUGGCAGAGCACGCAAAAACAGUCAUGAAUUCCAUCGACGAAGGUAUCAAAUCCAUGGAUAACGUGGACUAUUUCUUCGACAUCCUCCACCAGAUCGGAGCCUCCCACCACAAGAUUCCUGGCUUCAAGAAGGAAUACUUUUGGAAGAUCGAGGUUCCCUUCCUGGAAGCUGUGCGGUUGACGCUGGAUGACCGCUACACUGACAACAUGGACAACAUUUACAGAAUCACUAUCAAGUUUCUCCUUGAAACAGUUGUAGAAGGUUACGAGAAGGCAGAAAAAGGAGAAUCCAACGAAAAUGUGAAGAAUAAUAUCAACUCUACGGACGGUAACUGCAGCAAGGGUACCAACGGCUCCUGAAAAAGGCACAUAGAAUUUCUGAGGGAUGAGUUUCGGGAAAAGCUACACUGCCACUAGGGCCUGCACCAUUUGUUUUAGUUUAUCCAUCACUAAGAGGUAGCUGAAGUGUGGCCAUUGGAAGCAUAUACGUUGGGGAGACAGCAUGGCCAUUUUACUCGGAUAAUGACUAACUCGCUCAUUUAUACAGGGAAUAAGAGUUAAUUUACUUAACACUGUGGGGAACAUGACCAAUCUACUCGUCUCUACCAGGAAUAAUACCUAAUUCACAUAGCAUUGCUAGGUUAAUAAGAAUCUUGCUCAUCUCUGAUAUGGACAUAUUAAUUCGCCUCUACUCCGGUAAUGGUUAACUUGCUCAUUUAUGAUAAGUGUAACAACUAAUUCAUUUAAUGCUAAAUGGUUAAAGAAUGAGUUGCUGAUUUUGGUUGGGGAUAUGACUAGUCUUUAAUUCUUACAAUGUUGCAAUCAUAUCUACUACCCUGUGUCGAUCAGUACAUGUCAACUAUAAAGCACCAAUUCUUAAUGGGGAAAACCUAUUUAAGAGCAAGAGCAAUUUUCUAAAGCAAGCAGAACAGGAGUACCAUUAAGAAUACAAACACAAACA